CGGUGAUGAUAUGACAUGCUAGCUUUUAAACAUUAUACCAAUGUAUCAUUGCUAUAUCGUAGAUUUCCAGUGACGAUGUCUUCCAAACAAGGGAGCAGGGUUCAUGUUGCUAUUCGUCUCAGACCUGCAUCAAAGGCCCAUGGAGAUGAAUGUAAAGAGCCAUGUGUUCGCGGUGUCUCUGAUAAAUCUCUUGAGAUUUGGAAUUGGCGUGACUCGGAACAAAGUCUUCAUUUUGAUUUUGAUGCAUACCUGGAUAGCAAGGCAUCACAGAAGACAGUAUAUGAUAGAUGUGUAAAGCCACUACUCUCCCAUGCGCUGAAUGGUCAAAAUGCUAGUGUGUUUGCAUAUGGACCAACAGGCACAGGAAAGACCUACACCAUGCUUGGAACCGAAGACGAUCCAGGUGUCAUUCCAAGGUCAUUGAAUCAUAUCUUUAAUGUCAUCAGCCAGGACAAACCACAAGGAGAAGGAACAUGGACGUAUGCAGUGUCCUUCUCAUAUCUGGAGAUUUACCAAGAAAAGAUCUAUGAUCUCCUCGAACCAAAAGGUCAUGACCUCACAAUACGAGAGGACAGGAACAGGAAUAUCUUUAUCCCAAAGCUAGCUGAGAAAACAAUUAACAACUUCAAUGAGUUUGCCAAGUAUUUCAUACCAGCUAGUAGGAACAGAACUACAGCAGCUACUAAACUAAACAGUCGUUCAAGUCGAAGUCAUUCCAUUCUUCUUCUCAAAAUAAUAAAAGAGAGAAGAGAUGGAUCAAAGCAUCACAUUCAGACUGGUAAACUGUACCUUAUUGAUCUUGCUGGGAGUGAGAAUAACAAGAAGACUGGUAAUCAGGGAAUUAGAUUGAAAGAGAGUGGUGCCAUUAAUACAUCUCUGUUUGUACUCGGGCAAGUUGUUGAUGCCCUCAACCAGAGACUGCCACGUAUUCCAUACAGAGACAGCAAACUGACAAGAUUGCUUCAGGACUCUCUUGGGGGUAGUUCCCAUGCCUGUAUGAUUACCAACAUAGCACCAGAGGAAAAGAACUACAUGGACACCUACACUACCCUACACUUUGCUGCCAAGUCAAAGCAGAUCAUCAACAAACCUUUCACCAGAGAGACGACACAGACGAUCAUUGCCCCACCUAUCACCACCGGUCAGUCUAGGAAGAGACAACAUGAAGAUGUCCAAUCAUCAUCCAGGAAUACCAAGACUAGAGCUUUGGAUGUCAAUGGCAAACCAGUAGCUGAUACCAAAGACACCAUGCUCAAACCCCUCCUAGACCGUCAAGCAAACUUUGAGGCCAGUGUUCAUCAAAGACUGCAAUCACUUGAACAGAAUCUUCUAAAACAAAUGAAGAAAACUAAAACACAAGCUAAAACCCCAACAUCUAAGAAGUUACUGAGUGAGGUGAAGAGUAUGAGGAGAGAGCUAAGCAGUAUGAACCAGAAGAAAGAGAUCAAACCUGAUAGACGCAGUACCUUCACACUGAAUGAUCCAAACAGACCAGCACCACCUCAAGCUGUUGUCAAACCAAUAUCAGUUUCAACUGGCCAAACAACCUGUAAUGUACCACCAUCUCACAGUAAAGAUAGAAACACAAAGCCCAUGAUACAAGACAAAGAAAAUACAACCAAGUCAUCUAAUAAAUCUAAUGCUGUCAAAUUUGUCAAAGCUGUCUCUAAAUCUACAUCAUCUUCAACAGGUGGGACUGAGAUGACGGAGAACCAGUGGCAUCUUAAAUUAGAUCCUGAGUUUCAAGCCAAGCACAGGAAUAAGAUCUUGAAGACUUUGAAUGAAGGGACAGUGAAGCAGCUGAAAUCACUGCAGAGUGUCGGAGAGAAACGAGCACAGCUUAUCUACAGCUGGAGACAAGCCUUUGGAGCCUACACUCAGAUUGAAGAUUUGUACAAAGUGAACGGCUUACCUUCGAAGACGGUUGAUAACAUAAUUGGGAAUAAUCUUCUAUACACCCCAGCCUGACAGUGAUAUAAUGAGAAAUGAAGUUCUUUUCUGAUACUUGUCUUCUUUUGGACAUACUAUCAUUAUGAUCAAGUUCAUACCUAUGGUCUGUGGAUGGCAUGAAUAGUCAUUGCUUCUGGACAACUCAUUUGAACUUCAGAACAUCAAACCUUUAGAAAUGAAAGAGAAAAUUAUGUUGAUUUCUAAUACACCAUAUCUUCCUAUGGAUGCUAUUCCAUGCAGACUGGAAUUAUUCAGUUCCAGAUUAUUCAUCACCAUGUGACUGACAUGUGACAGGUGGAACCCACUUAUAGAUUACACCUGUUCUAAUGUUUUUUUUUUCACCUUAAGAAUUGUGAUAUAUUUCCCCAGUUUUCCAAAUACAGACAAUAGAAAGACAUGGACUUAAUAUCAACACCCCCCCCCCC